AGUCAUCUGUGACACACCAGCCAGGUCCUUUAUUAAAAACACAAAGAACCACAAUGCCUACCAUGGAUGUGACAAAUGUGUGCAGCCUGGAAACUAUAUUAACAGACGCAUGACAUACCCAUGUGCAGACUAUGCCCUACGGACAGAUGAAUCAUUCACAAACAUGGCCGAUGAGAGUCAUCAUCAUGAAGGACCACAUCCAUUUAUUGGCAGUAGUGUGGAUGUUCCAUUUGGUCGAGUUCCAGAGCAACAAAGCAGUAGCAGUAGUACCAGAAAACUGGUGCUGUGAUGGUGCUACCUACUGGCCCAACUAUAGAAAUGAUGAAAGAGUGGAUAAGGCAGUAAAAAAUGUAGAGGAACCAGGACCAGACUGGAAGACAUACGAUAUCAGAAUUAUCAAAUCAUGUGAUCAGUACUUUGAGGCACGACAGCUUCUGAAGAAAUCGCUUACAUGCAGCACAUCAGACCUUCAGUCAGAAGAGGAAGAGGAGGAAAUACGACCAAAAAGGAAGCCAAAGGCAAUUCAUUUCUUUGGGGACUCUGACAGUGACACAGAAGAAGUUUACCUGAAAAGGAAAGCCAGAGCUGCAGUAAGACGCCCACUACAACCACCUGCUCCAGUUAUCCAACCACCACCUUUCACUGGAGCUAGCAUCCACACAAUUGCUUCUUCUGCAAAAACUCCAUCACCACCACUGCUUGCCCAGAUGGAAAAUAGACCAAGAGAUGAGCCAACUCCUUCUUCAAGCCAUGUCUACAGGCCUACUUGGAAAGGGGGACGGUAUGGCUCAGACACAAUUACCUGCUCUGCUGCAGAAGUUCAAAUAUUGAGCUUACUGGAGUACAUUAAACACCAACAAGACCAAUUAUCCAGUUUAAAAAGAAAUACCUGA